AAGUAUUCCUCUGUGGCUGUCACAGGUGCUGAAUACAUUCCCGAUGAUCCUUCAUCUCCCAGGACUGGCUGACAAGAUCUUCCAAGGGCAGAAGGCCUUCAUGGCCGAGAUAGAUAAGCUGUUGGUGGAGCACAGGAGGAUGUGGAAUCCUGCUCAGCCACCAAGAGACCUGACUGAUGCUUUCCUGAAUGAGGUGGAAAAGGCUAAAGGGAAUCCUGAGAGCAGCUUCAAUGACGAGAACCUGCGCAUGGUGGUAGCUGACCUGUUCACUGCUGGGAUGGUGACCACCUCCACCAUGCUGAUCUGGGCCCUACUGCUCAUGAUCCUGCACCCGGAUGUACAGCGUGAGCCUGGCUGGGGCUGGAGGGAGGUUAUGGGAAGAAGGGUAGACACACACUUCCUGAGCUUAAUUGAGAUACUUGUGACACCCAGCACGGACUUGACCCAACCUCCACAGGGGUGACGGACGUCUUUCUCA